AAGAAAGAACAGGCCAGGGCACAGAAUUUGGGGUAGAAAAAAUUUAGGGCUCUUUCUCGUGCUCUUCCCCUGGGGAAUCCCUAGCGCGAGCGAUCCGAUCUCCAAAUCCAUGGCUGGCGGCGGCGGCAAGGAUGUGGACGGGGCAGCGAAAGAUACGGCGCACCGGGAGAUGUUUGCUCACGAAUCCAGGCAAGUUCUACACCAGGAGGGCGGGGUUACGUUGAAGAAAUCGGGGAGGUAUCCGGCGUUUCUUGCUGGAGUUUUGCUCGUCACGGGCGUGAUCACGUUUGCAUACUAUCAAAGCGUUGCUCCCAGCGAGGAGAAGACUGUAAAAAAGAAGCCUUGAUCAUCGCGGCGGCUGGAUUCUUCAGCUCAAUCCACGCUCAAGAAGAUUGAAUUGGCCGUGUUGAAGAACAUCAAAACUUGAAGAACAAAAAUCCAUAAAUUUACGUUUUGCUUCUUUUUUGAGGCAAAAUUUUCUACGUAGGAGGGUAGGGUUUAGGGUUCUAGGAGAUAGAUAUUUCUUGGCGGCCGUCCGAUCGCGAAUCCCUGUCCGUCCAUCGUUUAUCUGGUGGUACAUUCCGGUAAUCCGGAAAGAGGGCUCUAGAAGGAAAGGUCCAGUCCCUCCCUCUCUUCCUCUCUCGCCGCGGCAUUGGAGCUCUGCGCGAUCGCAUUCCUGGGAGCGAUCGAGGGAAAGAAUUCUUUUUGACCGCCAGAAUUCCAGGCUAGCGGCGUAGGUUUAGCAAGGAAAGAAGAAGCGCGCAAGUGAUGGCGGCAGCAAGCGCGGCAAUGGCAUUGUGUGGAAGAGGAUUGGCGUGGGCGCAUGGGACGCGCGCAAGCGCGUCGUCGGUGGUCAUGGUUUUCAACAAGGCCAGUGGCGGUGGAUUGAGGUUCUAUGGGAGAUUAGCUCCAAGGGUAGCGAAAGGAAUAGGCGCUCAGGGGAGAAUGUCUGCGACGAGGAAGCUGAGCGUUAGAACUCUGGCAAAUGCGACCACCCAGCAGGAGACUGCUCCAACUGAGAUUCCCGAGAGCCAUGUCUGCGUCGAUAAUCGGGUUCCUAUCACUGUGAUCACUGGAUUUCUUGGCGCUGGCAAGACUACGCUGCUAAACUACGUGCUCACUGGCGAGCAUGGGAAAAGGAUCGCUGUCAUUGAGAACGAGUUUGGAGAAGUUGGCAUCGAUGACAGCCUCGUUGUUGGCCGAAAAUCUGCCACGGAAGAUAUCAUGAUGCUCAACAAUGGCUGUCUUUGCUGCACGGUGCGAGGGGACCUCGUCAACAUGCUCAAGGAGCUUUUUCUCACGAAGAAAGGCUUGUAUGAUCACGUCCUGAUCGAGACUACGGGCCUGGCUAAUCCUGCUCCGAUCAUUCAGACAUUUUACGCGGAAGACAGAGUAGCGCACCAUUAUCGACUUGACGGCGUUGUCACGAUGGUGGACGCCAAGCACGCUCCUAUGCAUCUUGACGAAGUGAAGCCAGAUGGCGCGGUGAAUGAAGCCGUGGAGCAAGUAGCCUAUGCCGACCGUAUCAUACUCAACAAGGUGGACUUAGUUGACGAGAAGGCCAUUCAAACUCUAUCCGAGAGAAUAAAGCGUAUCAAUGCAAUGGCGAGUGUUAAGUCAACACAGUAUGGCAAAGUCGACAUGGAUUACGUUCUCGGUGUCGGUGGUUUUGACCUGGAGAAAGUAGCGGGCCUGGAGGUUGAGAUCGAGAAAGAGAAAGAGAAAGCUAAUGCUCAUGCUCACGAUGACCACAAGCAUGAACACGGCCAUGACCACGAACACGAGCAUAAGCACGAGCACAAACACGAGCACAAGCACGACCAUCACCACGACCCUGGAGUGUCGUCCGUGAGCAUCAUGUGUGAGGGGAACUUGGAUUUGGAGAAAAUCGAUACAUGGCUCGGGGACCUGCUCGAUGAACGGAGCGAAGACUUGUAUCGAAUGAAAGGCAUCCUGUCCAUCGAGGAUUGCAAGGAGCGAUUUGUUUUCCAGGGUGUUCACGCGGUAUACGAGGGAACAAUGGACAGAGAAUGGGGUCCCAACGAGAAACGCCAGAACAAGCUCGUGUUCAUCGGCAAGAACCUCAACGAAGCCGAGCUCAAGCAAGGCUUCAUGGAUUGCUUGGUGAAGAGCUAAAGUUUUUGGAAACACCAUCGCUAUAGCUAUUGAAUAGGACCAGAGCUCUCGUUUAUCAGCCAAGCUAUGAGAUACAAACCAAUUCAACGACAAAGGUUUUCUUCUUCUAUAAACUUAAAAGCACGAAUGCUUACUUCUUAGUAGUA